AACAUUGUCAAAAAUAUGUGAGUGGAUCACUGUUAAAAACUGUUAACAUUCAUCACUGCAGCCAUUGUGUCCAGGCUUGUCACCUAUGCCCCCCCCUUCCCCCCAAUGAACUCCUUGGCACAUUUUCCUCUACUCUUCAACCAAUUUGCAUUAAACCUGGUAAUAGUAUCAUUACCUUCAUUAGCUACUCGCUGUCCUCCUCCAUCCAUUGGUGGAAUUCCCAUACCUGUUCUCUCUAUGUAACCUCAAUACCCACAAAAACUGACACAAAUACAGGACCCAAUCCCUGUUUUACUGCACAUUUACAUCCCCAGCCAGGCAACUUUUCUCUUUCUUUAAGAUGAUGGGUCAUCUCUGCUGGUGGUUACUCACGGUCUGCUCCACAAAAGAAGCUCUUUUGUUUUGCUGCUUAUUAAGUUCCUCGUGGUCAAUCAGUGCCUUUGAUGUGCCAUGAAUUCCCACUAUCUGGAAACUACACAAAAUGACUGAAGUUCCCUUUGACAAAAGUUUUAAGGCUUUUCUGGGGGGAUGAGCUCAUGCAAAGAACUAAACUUUAACAUUAAUUCAUGACUUCUCUCCAGUUGCAUAUUGUAACAACAAAGUAUGAUUGUCACAAGAUCCAGUGGCAUACCUGGACUUGCGUCAGCAUAACAUUUGUGAACUACUGGUUUGUCAUAGGUAGCGUCCCUUGAAUUUCUAUACAGACAUGCAAAACAUAAAAAGGCAAAUGCUCAUAUUGACAUAUAUGCACUACAUGAACAUCACGUAGUCAGUCAUCAAAAUUCCUGUUUUCCAGAAAUUUGAGUAAAGGAAGACAUGCUCUCCCGUAGGAAUUUUACAGCUGUGAGUCAGUGAUUAGGGUAGCUGAGUCUAACAAGAGUCGUCUGUAUUCUUAUCCAAUUGGCAUUUACUUACAGGUACCAGCAGGCCCAUAGCGUCAUAGGUAUACUGUUCCUGGCAGUUUAAGCACAAGCCUGGGAGGGAACAGUGCAUUUUUUACACAUAUCACAGUGGGCUAUUGUAUCUCCCUACAGGAAAUUACGGAUGUUAAAUGCCCAAACUCUUGUUUUCAAGGAUUCGAUUUUACGAAUUUAAGGAUUUAAUGCCCAACAUAAAGCGGCCAAGAAGAACUGACAUUGUACUGAACCCGAGGCGUAAGACAGACAUCCAGUGCAUCAGUGUACAUAAACGUAAUGAUGAGAUGUAUCCUUCAAACCUCAGGUAUUAUACACAACAUCACCUGACUCUGGAAAAGCUGCUAAAGGAUAAAAAGUAUUUAGCAGCAUUCCGCUCAUUUCUGAAGUCUGAGUUCAGUGAGGAAAACAUCGAGUUCUGGCUGGCAUGUGAAAACUUUAGGUUGACCACCUCACCAGAAGAGCUUCGAUGGAGAGCAGAGGAGAUCUACAAGGAGUUCAUCCAGCCUACAGCCUGCAGAGAGAUCAAUGUAGACCACCAUGUAAGAGAGAAGAUCAAGAAGGCGCUGGAGAAACCGAGCCUUUCCUGCUUUGAUGAGGCGCAGAAACAUGUUUACCUGCUGAUGGAAAGAGACUCUUGCCCCAGAUUCCUGCAUUCAGAUGCCUACCUGAGUCUAAAGCGCAAAUCCAGGACUCUGUGGUACCUUUAGAGAAAGUUGUGAUUCCUGCUUUCUAUUCUGCUGCUCUGAAAAGUUAUUUCACACCAGAUCAAAUGAUUUUUUGUUUCGCUCUAGAACCAAACUCAACUUUUCAACUGUGUGCAACAUCAGUCUUUUCCUAUCAUUCUUUUUGUACUGAUGAAAUGCCAUGGACUGUAAUAAAACAAGGCAAACAAUGACAGAAAAGUAAUGUGAGUGCAGAUAUGUAUGUAUAAAGAAUGCUGUUGGUAUGUGUUAGUACUUUAGAUGACUGUGUGGAGUUCAAGGUUGUUUGAAAUGCUGUAUGUAUUAACUGAAAGUCUAAGUAUGUUAAGGUUGUAAAUAAAUGGGUUCUGAUGUGAAAAAAUUGU